AUGUACACGUGCGAUCUGGUUGGGUUUACCGACCGGAAUCUAGCGGAACCGGGGGCGCAUUUCGUUCCCGUCAGCCCCAUUCUGCUGGUCUUGCUGCUGUCCGUGUUUGCACUGCUUGGACUGUUUUUGCGGUUGUUUCCUAUUCGUCCGCUUCACGGCCUUUUCGGGUUCCUGACGGACCUCCUGACCCAAGAGGUCCAUCGUGGCUUUGACAGUGGACACGAAGGCACAAACACAGACACGGCCAUGCAGCCGGAUCUGGAAAUGGGAGGAGGCUUGGAUGACGAAGCUGCAUACACCGGGAAGAUCAUCGACUCACCACGCCAUGAUGUGCCCGAGAAGUCAGCAGCAGCCUGUGCAGGUUGGAUGCUGAUCAAGGGACAGGAACCGUCGACGCCCUCCGAAUCCUGGUCUACGACCGAGUCCGCCGGCGGCGUGUGUUCGGAGUUUGACGAUGAAGAUGAUGCGGGCGAGUCGGGUUACCUGACCCCUCGGGUCACAGACCGGCCUUCCGUGAGGCCAUCGGUAGUCCCCCAGGUACACAUUCGCCGGCUGAAACUCGGCUGUGUGGAAAACGUGGGUACCUCCGUGUCUUCCAUCGAUACGGGUUCCUACAGGUCAUUCGACAUCCUGGGGAUUGCGACAUACUGA